AUGUCCCAACUCAACUACCGCACAAUCAACAUCGACGUCCUGGACCCAGAUGCCUCGAUCAACUUCCCAAUGGACACGCUCCUGCCGGCCACCCUGCCGGCCCCGACAACCUCGAGCGCCGCCGCCGCGGUGGCCGGCGAGGUGCGCCAGCUGCUGCGCGGCGGGGACCCGGCGGCGGCGCUGCGGCACGUGCUGGACACGGCGCCCCUGGGCGGUGACGAGCGCGCCAAGGAGGUGCACCUGGCGGCCGUGACCGAGGUGCUGCAGGGCAUCCGGCAGGGGGAGAUGAGCCGCGUGCUGGAGGGGGUGUGCACGGGCGAGGACGGCGGGGCGGAGCGCGCGGAUUGUUUGAUGAAGUAUCUCUACAAAGGCAUGGCCUCCCCCGUCUCCGCGCAAACCCCCCGCAAAUCGGUCUCCCCGCAGAGUACGGGGUUCUCGCAGAUCCAGGGCCGCAAUCUGGGCGAGGGGGGCGGCGGGCAGCAGAUGAGUGUGCUGUUGAGCUGGCAUGAGAAGUUGGUGGAGUUGGUGGGAACGGGGUCGAUUGUACGGGUGAUGACGGAUCGGAGGACGGUUUAG